AUGUCGCACGCGGUGGGCGUGGCCGCGGCCGCCGCCACCGCUGCCGUGCUUGGCAUCGUCUCGCAGGAGCUGCGCACGGCCAAGGUAGCAGGCAGCAGCAUGGCACCCACGUUCCAGACCGGCUCCUCCAUCCUGAUCGAGCGUGUGUCGCUAUUCCUCGGUGCAGUCGACCGAGACUGGCUGACAAAGCGCGUGGUCGGCGUCGGCGGCGACUGGCUGUAUGCGAGGGACGGCCGGCUGGUGAGGGUGCCGACGGAGCACGUCUGGGUGGAGGUAUCGAGGGACACGCGCUGCCGAGGCGCUGCUACGGCCGGCUGCUUCUCUUGGCCCGCCACACCGUUGAACACCAAAAAUGGCAGAGGCCAGCGCGUCAAGCUUGCGACUUCCGUCCCUCUUAUGUACCUCAUUUGA